CAGCGCAGAUCUGAGCCUUGUCAUCCGCUUAGCGCCCUCACCCCCGCUCCCCCGCUCCCGCCCUGCGCCCACUCCCGCCGCUGCCGCCACCCCCAUUCUCACCUCCGUGUCCCUAGCGGGCCUGGGGCAUGCUCCGUGCUCCUGCGCCCGGCCUCAUCUGCAGCGAGCGACACUACCCUCCUGCGGAGACAUGAGGCGCGGCCCGCGGACAGUCCUGGCUCUGGGGCUGAUGUGCCUCUGCCUAGCCCAGGCCAACUUCGCCCCGCACUUCUUCGACAACGGGCUCGGCAGCACUAACGGAAACAUGGCCCUAUUCAGCCUCCCGGAGGACACCCCUGUUGGCUCUCAUGUGUACACCCUAAAUGGAACAGACCCCGAGGGAGACCCUGUUUCCUACCAUAUCAGCUUCGACCCCAGCUCUAGAAGCGUCUUUUCCGUGGACCCCAGUUUUGGAAACAUCACCCUGGUUGAAGAGCUGGACAGAGAGAGGGAGGAUGAGAUUGAAGCCAUCAUCAGCAUUUCUGACGGCCUGAAUCUGGUGGCAGAAAAAGUCGUGAUCCUGGUGACUGAUGCCAAUGAUGAGGCGCCCAGGUUCAUCCAGGAGCCUUACAUCGUCCAGAUUCCUGAGGACACACCUGCUGGGAGCAGUAUCUUUAAGGUCCAUGCUGUGGACAAGGACACAGGUUCUGGAGGGAGCGUCACCUACUUCCUACAGAAUAUGCAGUCCACCAAAUUUGCCGUGGACCACCACAGCGGUGUACUGCGCCUCAGGGCUGGGAACACUUUGGACUAUGAGAAGGCUCGGGCCCAUUUCGUCACCGUGGUUGCCAAGGAUGGCGGAGGGAGGCUGCGAGGGGCUGAUGUGGUGUUCUCAGCCACCACCAUGGUCACAGUCAACGUGGAGGAUGUGCAGGACACGGCCCCUGUCUUCGUGGGCAUACCCUACUAUGGCUAUGUGUACGAGGACACUGUUCCGGGCUCGGAGGUACUGACGGUGGUCGCCAUGGAUGGAGAUCGGGGCAAACCCAACCGCAUUCUAUACAGUCUCAUGAACGGGAGUGAUGAAGCCUUCGAAAUUAAUGAGACUUCUGGAGCCAUCUCCGUCACACAGAGCCCUGCUCAGCUCCGGAGAGAGGUGUAUGAACUGCAUGUACAGGUGACUGAAGUCAGUUCUGCAGGGAGCCCAGCUGCUCAGGCCAUGGCCCCAGUCACCAUCAGGAUCGUGGACCUCAACAACCAUCCGCCUACAUUCUAUGGAGAGAGUGGACCCCAGAACAGAUUUGAGCUGUCCAUGUAUGAGCACCCGCCUCAGGGGGAGAUUCUUCGGGGCCUCAAGAUCACCGUCAACGACUCAGACCAGGGAGCCAAUGCCAAAUUCAACCUGCGGCUAGUGGGACCCGGGGGCAUCUUCCGAGUGGUCCCUCAGACGGUCCUGAAUGAAGCCCAAGUCACGAUCAUUGUGGAAAACUCAGCCGCCAUUGAUUUUGAAAAGUUCAAAGUGUUAACCUUCAAGCUCCUGGCCAUUGAAGUGAACACCCCAGAAAAGUUCAGCUCCACAGCAGAUGUAGUGAUCCAGCUCCUGGACACCAACGACAAUGUCCCCAAGUUCACUUCUCACUACUACAUUGCCAGGAUCCCUGAGAAUGCCCCGGGGGGCUCUAACGUGGUGGCUGUCACCGCUGUGGAUCCAGACACAGGUCCCUGGGGUGAAGUCAAAUACUCCAUCUAUGGGUCUGGGGCAGACCUCUUCCUGAUACAUCCAUCUACUGGGAUCAUCUACACCCAGCCCUGGGCCAGCCUGGAUGCUGAGGCCACUGCCAGGUUCAACUUCUAUGUGAAAGCAGAGGACAUGGAGGGCAGGUACAGCCUGGCUGAGGUGUUCGUCACUCUGCUAGAUGUCAAUGACCACUACCCCCAGUUUGGAAAGAGAAUCCAAGAGAAGACAAUGGUGCUGGGGUCCCCAGUGAAAAUUGAGGCCACAGACCAGGAUGCAGAGGAGCCCAACAACCUGGUGGACUAUUCCAUCACCCGCUCAGAGCCAGCCAAUGUGUUUGACAUCGAUGCACACACGGGAGAGAUUCGACUCAAGAACUCCAUCCGCUCCCUGGAUGCCCUGCACAAUAUCACACCCAACGGGGACUACACAUGGUCCCUAGAGGUGCAGGCCAAAGACCGUGGCUCCCCAUCCUUCAGCACCACAGCCUUACUCAAGAUUGACAUCACAGAUACUGAGAUGAUGUCCCGAAGCCCCAUUGACGCCUUCCUGAUGCAGACCAAAGACAACCCCAUGAAGGCUGUGGGUGUGCUGGCCGGCAUCAUGGCCAUCAUUGUGGCUAUAACCGUCCUCAUCUCCACUGCCACCUUCUGGCGCAACAAGAAAUCCAACAAGGUCCUUCCAGUGCGGCGUGUGCUCCGCAAACGGCCCAGCCCUGCACCCCGCGCUGUCGGCAUCGAGUGGCUCAAGUUCAACAAGACCAAGGCAGCUGCCAAGUUUGUGCUUAAAGAGGAUCCUCCCAAUGAGAACUGCAACAACAACAGCCUAGGGACCCCUCCACCCCCCAGAGCCCCAGCUCCCCCUCCACCACCGGGAAUGGCGCCCAGCUCAGGUACAGCCCCCUGGACUGUGCCUACAGUCUCUGGCUCACUCACCCCUUCUCAACCCCAGUGGUCUCCCAAACCCAAGGCCUUGGGAAGCCCCGUCCAGUCAGCUCUGGUAUCUGAGCUCAGGCAAAAGUUUGAGAAGAAGAGUGUAGCUAGCAAGGCUUACUUCUAGAGUGUGUCUGUGGCCCCUCUCUUUCCCACUCUGUGCUCCCCACUCUGCUCCUUAGGGUCAUUCCUGUUUUAUACAAUGGUGUAACCCCUGUAUCCAGGGCUCCGGAUUUCUCUGGUUCUGGCUACGAUUGGCAAAUACCUCCCUAUCACCCAGAUCCUUGGCACAGCUACUAUGCUCCCCAUUCCACAGAGGUUGGGAAUUAACAAGGAGCCAGUUCUAUGUGUCAUCUACUCACCAACCCCAGACCUCACAGUCCCUCAGGUCCUCCUGAGGCCUCAGCAGCCUUAGACGAGGAGCAGGUCCCCGGCCACAUGUGACAAGGCCAACUAGAAGCCUCUAGCUAAGAGCAGGAGCAGAAAAAGGUUGGGUGCUGGCUAAAGUUGGAGAUCAGUGAACUGCGCAGGCUGAGGGAGAACAGAUGCGGCAGAAAAGGGCCAAGAUGCACUGCAAACACGCCGACUGCGGAAUUGUACCUGAAAGCCACUGGGAAGAUGGGGAUGGUGUUCGGGUAGACCCUGUGGGCCUCUGCUGUGCCUACAGGAGACCAGGGACACAGAGGUGUAAGAUGGGCCUUUCAAGAGUGAGGGCAGGUGCCUCAACCAGGGCUGCCCUGGGACCGAAAAUGUCCAAGCUGGAGUCAGAAUGGUGGCCCUAGAGGCAUUAGGAGCGGCUUCAAUCCCCUCUAUAAGCAGCUGUCCCAGCAUAAGUCUGUGAAGAGACAGUGCAGGUGGAGGAUGAAUAUCAAGACUGAGAUAUGGGGAGAUGCCCAUUUUUAUCCGGCUCUUUGGUGCACGUGGUGUAACCUUGGGAAAGCUGUUUAGACUCUCUGAUCAUCUUUCUCAAUCCCUGUAAUUUCCUGUAAAAUGAAGAAAGUAAGUCUCGUUUGCCUCACGCAGAGGUCCAGGAUGAAGAUCGAAAUAAACAGUGGUGACAAGGGCUUUAACCAAGUGCAAAGCAGCACACAUCUAAAGUAUUUUCUUACAGACCAGUUCUCUGGGGUGCAGCUCUUCUGGAAAGUAUUAGAAACCUCUUAGCUACUCUGCCAAGUACCCCAGGAGGUGCUGUGCUGGGUUAGGGUGCUGCCAUUGAUCCGCGGCAUCCGGAGCUGGAUGACGGCACUGCCUUUGAUACACAUACCUCUCCAUCCAUUCCUUCUCCCCAUCACCACUACCACACCCCCUGUGCAGCCCUGGCCAGCUGCCAUCAGAGAGCACAAGAGCUGGGUGGCACAUCCAGUCCAAACCUCCAUUUGUCAAGAUGACAAAAACAAGUAGCCAAGAGAAGAGAGAUUGCCAGAGGCCACACCCAAUUGCCAGAGGGACCUGGUCUGAGGACUCCUGGCUCUUCAGCAUUGUCUUCUAGCUGGGGCCCACCUUGUAAGCUUGAGACCACCUCCCCCAGGGGAGAAGACUUGUAGGCCUCUGUGGUUAAUAUAAAGAGAUUCUGUCUGACUUUCAGGAAACUCGCUGUAAGGAACUCUAGAAAUGAAUACCCAGAGAAAAAUAUAACAGUUCGUUGCAUUUUCCUCUGCCCACUAAUAACCCCUCUAGAAUAAUACAUCAGUGAUUUUAUUUAAACAGAUGAUAUGCAUAUAAAGUUUUCUUAAUUUCUGAGUCUGUGCUUUGAGGUGUUAUUCAGGUGUGCUGGUGUGCAGGAUCCUUACUGGGGCUUCUGCGGUCCCCAACCCAGAGAUUGUUAAGAGAUGGGCUCUAAGAAGUCAGGAGCCCAGACUGAACAAAUAGGUCCUUUGCAGUCCAUAUUUCAGGAGAAGGCUGUGCUGGACCAAGUUCACCCUCCACAGCGAGUACAGCAUCCUCCUAAUUUGCAUGCAAUUAUCCUCUUUUGUAAAUGGUAAAUAAAAUCUGUUA